CGGAAAGAUAGAACAAAAACUACCCACACUCCCUCCCCACCCCGCUAACAAACCAACCUACAAAGUCAAAAGAAGCUAACUCUAACCGAAACAGCAACAGGACUUUACGUGCCACUCUAUGGACAGCCCAGUUGACAGCCCAGUUCAAUUUAUAUAGGUUUUAAGUUUGCACCAAAUAUGAAUAUCAUGUGUAUAAGCAUAAUAGGAUCACAAAAAUUCGAACACAAUGAACCAUUCUCAUUUUAUGAACAAACUAUUUAUAACUAACUAGGUUGAAUGAGCUAUACAAAUGUGUUGACAAAUAUGAUGUGGUUGACACGUGGCAGAGUUCGGACAAAAAAAAAAUUCACAUCAACAUAAAUCGUUAAUCUACUCAACAUCACUAACCGUGUUGUGACGAAAUGACUCCAAAUUUUGGUUCUACGAAUGUAUUUUGCCAAAUUUGACCAUAAGUAUCACAAACGUCAAAGUCAUAGCAAUCGUGAGUGAUUCUUUGUGUUAAAAAAACUCUCUGCUAAGAUUUUCAUCCAUUUCUCGUUAGAAGUCGGACCAGUGGAGGCAGGAAGAAGAGUGGCCCGGGCCCCUGAGAAGAAGUUUACUGCUCUCUUCAAUGCGCUAGUGGCCUUUUCGUAACGUGACUUAUUCCCCUCCAAUUAUCAUCCAUGGGAAUGUCUGCUUGAACCCUAAGAACUGCACGCAGAGAAAAUAUCAACCCAAUGUUACAACAGUCAAGCCUUGACAAAAAGCAUCAUUCCCAUUAAUGGUUUCCUGUGGAUGAAGGAAAGGGGGGAAAAAAGCACUAAAGCUCGAAAAAGGGUAUCUGUUACCUGUGGUAGCUAAUCUCUCUGUCGUUGCAGCAGGCUGCUUCUCAUAAUCUGAAAUGAGAACUCCCAAGCUUGCUACCACUUCCUUUCUACUCCACAGCUUGAUUAUCAUAUUUCUGUUCCUGAACUUCCAACUGCAGGCAAAUGGUUCAGGCAACAAUGAGACGGAUCGACUUGCCCUGCUGGAGUUCAAAAGUAAGGUGAGCAGUGACCCGGAUGGAGCUCUGAAAUCUUGGAAUGAUUCCGUCCAUUUCUGCAACUGGUUUGGUGUUGCAUGUGAUCCACUUCCUAGCCAGCGUGUCAUUUCCCUUGACCUCCAUGGCCAAAAUCUGGUGGGUACUCUGCCUCCGCACGUCGCCAACCUUACUUCUCUUAGAUACAUCAACCUCAUGGAGAACAGUUUCCACGGUGAGGUUCCACAACUACUUGGAAACUUGCUUCAACUCGAGCACCUCAAUCUCACCGACAACGCAUUUGAAGGCGAGAUUCCAACCAACCUGACCCGUUGCUCCCAGCUCAAGUACUUCUUGUUGGAAGCGAAUAAGUUUAGCGGGAACAUCCCGCUGGAGAUUGGCUCGUUGUCGAAGCUCGAGUUCAUCAGAGUUGGAACCAACAAUCUGACAGGAUGGCUCCCGCCUUCCCUGGGGAACCUCUCGUUGCUCCUCAACUUCGGUGCUGCGUAUAAUAACUUGACAGGAAGCAUUCCAGAAAGCAUAGGCCUGCUGCCAAGGUUAAGAUCAAUUACCCUUGGGAGCAACCAGCUAUUUGGUUCACUCCCUCCAUCCUUCUUCAAUAUCUCAACCAUCAGGACCAUUGCAAUUCCUUGGAACAACUUGCGUGGUCGAUUGCCGGUGGACAUGGACCUCGCCAUGCCCAAUCUCGUAAAUUUCGCCAUUUCCAGAAAUGAAUUCUUCGCAACCAUCCCUGAUUCAAUCUGCAAUGUCUCUCAGCUACAGAUACUGAAUAUGAACCGAAAUGACUUUGUAGGAAAGGUUCCUACUUGUCUCGGGAAACUUAGGAAUCUUACUUCCCUAUACAUGGCUGACAAUAAUCUUGGAAGCAAUUCGACGGGCGACUUUGCAUUUCUGGAGUCAUUGAGAAAUUGCAGUCAGCUGGACGGGGUGGGUAUUAGCAUCAACAAUUUUGGCGGCCCGUUACCAGAAUUUCUGGGAAAUCUGUCAACCACACUCACCAAACUGUUUAUUGGCUUCAAUCAAGUCACUGGAGUUAUCCCUGCAGGGUUGGUCAAUCUCUUCAACCUGACGGAUCUGGAGAUUUCCUAUAACUACUUGAUAGGCACCAUCCCUCCUUAUAUUGGCCAGCUUUCUAAUCUGCAGAGACUAACAUUGAAUGGAAAUCAACUUUCAGGUCAGAUUCCAUCCUCUAUAGGCAAUCUCAGUAAGUUGUCUGAACUGUAUAUAGGACAGAACAAACUCCAAGGUAACAUUCCACCCAGCAUUGGGAACUGCCUUCGAUUGACUGCCUUGGAUGUUUCAGAAAACAGAAUCACGAGAGCUAUACCUCCAGAGUUGAUGAGCCUUUCUUCGUUGUCCAUAUUGUUGAACCUGUCAAACAACCUUCUCACAGGCAACCUGCCUGCAGAAAUUGGGCAGUUGGAAAAUGUGAAUAUGUUAGAUAUCUCUAACAAUCAAUUGAAAGGGGAAAUUCCUAGCACCAUUUCCAGUUGCUCAAGUCUGGAAUACCUUUAUAUGCAGGGGAAUUCUUUCGACUCGGUUAUUCCUCCAGCUUUAUCGUCUCUGAAAGGGCUUCAGGAAUUAGAUCUUUCACGAAACAACUUCGAUGGAGAAAUCCCAGAAGAUCUACUACAAAUCCGCCUACAGUAUUUGAAUCUUUCUUUCAAUAAUCUGAGAGGUGAAGUGCCAUCGGAGGGGAUAAUUGCCAAUGCAAGCAUUGUAUCAUUGACAGGCAAUCCCAUGCUCUGUGGUGGUGCUCCAGAGUUCCUUUUGCCUAAAUGCCCAAAUAAGACCACCAAGAAUAGAAGGCCUCAAAAGUUGAAGCUAAUAGCCAUCAUUGUUAGCACAUCUCUAUCUGCACUUUUAGUGGUAAUGAUAGGCCUUGUACUAUAUUGCAAGAUGAGAAGACCAAACAAGCAUAUCCAUCAAGGAGAAGAUCGACUGGUGGACGACUUUGUGAAGCUUUCUUACAGAGACAUCCAUGAUGCGACCAAUGGAUACAGUCAUGAAACUGUUAUCGGGUCUGGUGGUAUUGGCACAGUGUACAAAGGUAACCUGGAGCAAAUGGAAGCACCAGUAGCUAUUAAAGUAUUCAACUUGCAAGAAAAGAAAGCAUAUAAGAGAUUAGUGGUGGAAUGCAAAAUAAUGAGGAAUAUCCGGCAUCGAAAUCUCGUGAAGAUUCUAUCUUGCUGCUCUAGCACAGACAACAAAGGUAAUGCUUUCGGAGCUCUAGUUUAUGAAUUUGUGGAGAAUGGGUGCCUCGAUAAAUGGCUGCAUUGCGGUAAUGAUGGCAUCAACACAUCACACCAUCUCAGUCUUCCCCUAAGACUCAAUAUUGCAAUAGAUGUGGCAUCUGCAUUGCACUAUCUUCAUGAUCUUAGUGGAACAUCAAUCGUUCAUUGCAAUUUGAAGCCAAGCAACGUGCUCCUAGACCAUGACAUGGUAGCUCAUGUGAGUGAUUUCGGUCUAGCGAGAAUCCUCUCACCAUCUGAUACAAAUACAGCAAGCACAAUUGGGCUAAACGGGAUGGUUGGCUAUGCAGCACCAGAAUAUGGGACGGGCUCCGAGGCAUCCAAGGAAGGGGACGUGUACAGCUACGGAAUCCUUGUGCUGGAAAUUCUAUCAGGAAAAAGACCAACAGAUGAAAUGUUCAAGGAUGGUAUGAAUAUACGCAACUUUGUCAUGGCCGCAUUGCCAUCCAUACUUCCAACCUCGAUUGAUCCUUCAAUGCUGAUAUCUGGAAAAAAUGACGGAAUUGACAAGAAGGUGGAAGACUGCUUGAUCUCCUUGCUUGAACUGGGAGUGAAGUGCACAGCAGAAGCGCCGAACGAACGGAUGAAAAUGGCUGACGUUACCAGGAAGCUACAGACUAUCAGAAGUACCUUUCUAGCAAAAUCUGUCCGCUCAUAGCGACGGAGAAGACGGGUGGAUGGCCGGCAUGCUAACCACAGCAGCAAAUUUCCAGAUAUGUUCAGAACUCGAACGUGGACACUUAUUAUACAACUGUGAACUGCUUCUGUUUUAAUAUUCAAACUGCAUUCACCUCAGACCUCAAGCGGUGUAUAAUAAGUACCUUAUUUAGCAAUUAUCUCCGGGCAGGGGAUUUCAGAGAUCAAAACCCCUGGGAUCCUGGAAAAUGAGCAGGAGCAGAAUUGAUGAAUCCUGCUCUAUAAAUCUCUACUCAACUAGCAACCAUAUCACGAAGGACUAGCCGAUUAAACACUCUCAAACAUA